AUGGCCCUUGCAGCCUGGCAGUUCUCUGGCACCUGGUCUCCUGCCGGUAGAUACGCUGGUGCUGCCGCUAGGAUACAUAGGUGGUUGGCAUGGCUGCCCAGUGAUCCUCCUCCUCAUCGUUGUGGUUUUUUCGCUGGUUAAAAUCCUGGUCAAGUGUUUGUAGCGAACCAGAGGGUGUGGAGUGGAGCGCCAAGGUGCGGACUCGGCCGCGCCGUUCGUCUGCGCCCUCCCCAUCUCCGGUCUUCUUGGCCAUGUCUUGACACCGCGUUCUACUGCCACCAUCGUGCCCACUUUUACUACUACUACUACUACUACUACUACUACUACUACUACUACUACUACUACUACUACUACUACUACUACUACUACUACUACUACUACUACUACUACUACUACUACUACUACUACUACUACUACUACUACUACUACUACUACUACUACUACUACUACUAA